AUGGAGUCCAUAAAAGUAGCUAAACUUGAUGGGAAGACGUACGUCGUACACGGAUGUGUACAUGCGCUGUUGAUAUGGGCAUACGAGGCUAUUCCAAUAAUAGGUGAGAAAUUUGGUAAGAGAAGAGGAAACAUUGAAAUCCCAUUACUUCGGUGGGAAUCAUGUCGCAACAGAUACAAUCUGGAAGCAUUAGUGCAAGAAGAGAAGAAAAAACAGGUUCGAGUUAGGCAGUUAGUGUUGAAACCUCUGGAAGAGAUAUAUCCCGUUUGGGCAGGCGAAGAGGCAGGAGGUGAUAUUAAGCUUGAUAACAUGAUUCGUGAUAUUGUUGGAGGGUGUCUGGAUGAAAGUUGCUGGGAAACAGAAGAGCAACUGUUGAACAAAAAGAAGAGGAAGAAAAAGUUAGAAGUGGUGGUAGAUAGUGAUGAUGAUUUGGUAGAGAAACCUUUGCGAAAGAUUUCAAGUACGAAGAAGGAAGAGCAGAAGACGAAAAAGAUGGAGCCGAGAGACUAUAGUGAUUCUGAAUCUCAGAAAAAAACGGAAGAUGGGUUAGGUUGGGAUGGAAGAGAUAUAAGAAAACCAUCCGAAGGCUUUGCUGAUGAAGCACUAGCGAAUGUGCUUAACACUAUUCUUGAGCAACUUGCUGAGCUGGGAAGGAAGUUUGAACUAUUGGAAGCGAACAAAACUACUGUGGAGGAGGGGUCGACGAAAAAAAGGAAUGAAGUAGGCGAUGAAGUAGACGAGGAGAAGGUGUGUGAUGCAGAGUCUGACACUGUUGGGGAGAAGGACAAUAAGAAGGGUUGA